CCUGGAGAGGUGAGAGCCAGGUGUGACAGCCCAAGCUCCCUUUGCUCCACCCCUCCCUCUCCCCCAAACACAGAGCAGAAAUUCACCUCUGCCAGCAUUGUUUCCAAGCUCCCGCAGGACGAGACACACACGGGGUGCAUGGCAGGUGGCCCUCAGCUCGCCUCUGCAGGGGCAGUGCACACAGAAGCCUCUCUCCUCAGCAUGAAGCGCCUCCACCUGGCACCCUGGGCCUCCCUGGUCCUCAGCCUGGCCUUCCUCUCCUUCCACCCGGUUUACUUGGCAGAAGCAAGCAGCGGCAGCAACUCAACCUUGACCGUCCACCAUCCAGAGAAUCUUGAGACCCUGGAGCAGUGCCCCAACGUGGACUUCUGCCCACAAGCGGCCCGGUGUUGCCACACGGGAGUAGAUGAAUACGGCUGGAUCGCGGCGGCUGUUGGUUGGAGUCUCUUGUUUCUCACCCUCAUCCUGCUCUGUGUGGACAAACUGAUGAAGCUCACUCCAGAUGAGCUUAAGGACUUGCAAGCCUGAGGCUUAGAACACUAGUCCCAAGAAUGUCAAUCACCAAGUUGUGGGUAA